UAUACUAUACAUAUACUUACAAAUGUCUUCAUGAUUUGCUGUUUUUAUGUGUCGUACUUUGAGUGUUUUUAUAUCUCUUUUAGUAUGGAACUCAGUUGCGCCAUGACUACGAGAAGACUAUUCGGCUUAUGCCAUGGUUGGAGCUUGAGAUGGCGAAUGAUGAGACGGAUGGUGGCAUAGCGCACACACCUGCUGCAAGCAGUACUGAAGAUAGCGAUGAGCUGGAAGAAGAGCAGGUUGACAGUUUGACGACUGCAGCAAGCGAUGUCAAGGCGGGAGAAGAAGAGGUCGACGAACGCAAUUUGACACUCUUGCAGAGAAAAUUUCGAAAUGCUUGGUUUGACAAUGCGGAGUCCUCGCCAGUGAGUGGGUUUUCAUUUGAACCUACGCCUCUGUCUCCUCCUCGUACACCUCAGCCUUCGACAAUGGGUGGUGUGACUUCGGUAGAUGAGGAAGGAAUGUUUACUGUUAGACUGAAGUAAUAUGGUAUCGGCACGUGUGAUCGAAGUUGAUGACAUGUCUAAUGGUUAAUCAGUUGACUUGGGUGAUAUGUUGUGUUGUGCUGGAAUUGUGACUUUUUAUGCUUUUCUAUUCAUUUGUUUAUGUUUAUUGAUAUGUAGAUAGGCAAGUAAUUAUAUGCUCUGCACUUUUUUUGACACACAAGGGUCCUAAUUGUAGUUGCUGGUAGGUUUUGUAAGAAAUGAUGUGUGAGCACAUGAAAUGAUAAUAAACACUACUUGGAGUUGAAGGAUGA